GUCAGUAGUGGUUUGGCCACCGCACCGAGAGGACGUGGGAGAAUUUGUUUUUUUUUUUAAAAAAAAAGACAAUCUCUCAGUCCAUAUCUCUCGAAUUAACUUGCUCUUGCGUAUCUUCGUGAAUACACUUUCUCAGAUUUGAAAAAUCCAUUUGUGCAGCAACGACGUAACUUCAAAUUUCCAUUUAGCUCCUUUCUCCAAAUAACAGUUUUCCACGCGAGUGAAGUCUCGUUUACUAUUUUCCACGCCUUACGAGUCUCUUCCGUCGCUUUGCAAAGAAAGAUUUUGACUGCAUCCUGCAAGAAGAAUCAGAGAGUGAAUAAAGCAGGAACGUGAAAUGGUGCUCGGGCAGGACAAACAGCGGAGGAGUUGACGAUUCUUUUUUGGGAAAGAGGAGAAUAUUUGAGGACAGUGAUUUUUGCAACGGCCUUGAUAACAGAUAAGGGUCGAUUAUAACGUUAACACGCUAACAAGACACAUAUAUAUGCAUACGGUACUAUAAAAAAUAAUCUAGACAGCCAAAGAAAUCAUCAUGGAUCCCUACUCAUUGAGCGUCGAAGGCGAGGCUUCCAAAAAUAUCGAGGAGAACGAGCGCGAGGCUUUUAAAGAUGCAAUUGUAUCGAGUCGAAGUCUCAACAAAGGUUUUGUCGAGCCAACUCGACUGGCGCAGUCUAUACCCGAGAUUCUCGCCUGCAUGGGUGUGGUGUCCUUCCAUUUUGCUAUUGGACUGAGCAUGGCGUAUUCUGCAAUAUUGACUCCAAGUUUAGAAGCAGCUGAUUCAGAGUUAGUAGUCAGUAAAACAGAAACUUCCUGGAUAGCUAGUAUAGUCGUCCUCAGUACACCCAUUGGUGCUCUGAUAGCUAGUAUGAUCAUGGAACCAGUCGGCCGGCUAAAAGUACUCCAAAUCGGUGCUAUACCUUGCAUCUUAGGAUGGAUCCUGAUAGCUGCUGCGACGAACGUCCCCAUGAUCCUCGUAGGCAGGUUCUUGUCCGGCCUGGCCACAGCCAUGAACACAUCACCAGCUAUAGUUUACAUCACUGAAGUAGCCAAGCCAGACUUGCGUGGCUCUUUGAUAUCAAUUGGACCAGCUCUUGCUUCCUUGGGUAUGGUGGUGGUGUACGUCAAGGGUGCAUUUUUGACCUGGAGGCUCACGGCAUGGCUGAACAUCAUCUACGUGGUCGUACCUGUUAUUUUCGUACAGUUCCUACCCGAAUCGCCGACCUGGCUUGUUUCUAAAGGCCGGACGGAAGAAGCCAAGGCUUCCGUUGAAUGGUUUUACAGACUUGAUACAAAGAGCGGUAAAGCCAGUGCGGCCGAUGCGCAUUUCAAUUCUUUGAUGAAGGAAAACGAGAUUAAACGCAGCGAGCAGAGACGUAGCAACCGUGGCAAUUUUUCGCAAAAAUUACGUGCCUUUGCAAAGCCCACUGGAUGGAAGCCUAUAUUCAUCCUCUUCUUGUUUUUCUUCUUCCAACAAUUUUCUGGAAUAUACAUCACUCUCUUCUAUGCAGUCACUUGGUUCCAGGAAGUAGGUGCAAAAUUUGAUGAAUACCUUGCUUCUAUUUUGGUAGGAGUCACAAGAUUUCUCUGUUCGAUGGUCAAUACUUGGUUACUAAGACGGUACAAGAGACGUCCUCUCUGUAUAAUAUCCGCUUUAGGAAUGUGCAUCUGUAUGUCAGUUUCCGGUUACUUCACUUUGCAGAACAAGAAUGGUGAUACGAGCGGCCAUUUGGUACCAGUUGUGUGCCUCAUUCUCUACGUCUGCACCUCCAUGAUCGGAAUGCUGACGAUACCCUGGACAAUGACUGCCGAAUUAUUCCCAACGGAAAUACGUGGAAUUGCUCAUGCAAUCUCUUACUCGAUAGCGAACUUGCUUAUGUUUGCAGCCAUACAAAGUUACAGAAGCCUUAAGGAUUUCUUAGGAGGUUCUUACCAAAUACAAUGGUUCUUCGCCGGAAUAUCCUUGGCGGCCGUAGUCUUCAUUUGGUUACUGCUACCGGAAACACACGGGAAGACACUCUUGCAGAUAGAAGAGUACUUCCAGACUAACUUCCUGGCCGUUGGAGCGGAGUCCAAGGCAAAGAAGAGGCGGGCGAAGAGACGCGCGCAGCAAAAGACUAAAACAGCUGUUAUGGAGCCACUGAAUCCAAAAAACGUCCAAACGGCUUAACCGAGAAGGAACGGAUAGUGACAAAUUAAGUUUCUCCUUCCUAGAGUAUCUUGGGAGUCCAGUUUAUAGGGAUACUUCAAAAUACAUUUAAAUGCGCGUGGCAUUGCGCGCAAUGGACACGAGAGGAAGUCAAAUGCAGAUUUGUCCGAUUGCGAAUAAAGAUACACUUAUAGUAUAGCUAUGUCAACGAUUUCGUACACAUCGGGAACUGUAUUACAUUAUAAGCCGUAAUAAGAUGGCCCGAAAAUUAUUCACGCGGUCUUAACGUCAGUGUGGAGGUCACUACUUAAGCAAGAAAGCACAAUAGUUAUUAAUUAAUGGCCAGUGUACAAAGGAAACAAGUUUUGUUUUGAUAACUUCGACUUAUUAACAAAUUUGUAAAUUUUCGUCGUUACAGAAAAGUGGCCUUCAUUUUUUUUUGGAAUAGAUAAAAAUUACUCCUCUUUCUCCUCCAUCAUUGCCUCCUCGUCUAAUAGUAUAUUUUAAUAUUAUAUUUUAUUAUAUACUAAUUUAUGGGUAUACAUUACAGUAGAUAUACACUACUUCUGUAUACUAAUAUUGUACUUUGUAUUGUUAUACAAAAACAAACAUUUUAUAUUAGCAUUUACGCAUGACAACCGCAUGUUUGUGGUUCCUAAGCUAAAAAUGUAUCGCGAUUGGCCGAACAAUAAAGUAUUGUUAAACAAA